GGCCGCGAGAAACGCUGUGGGGGGACAUGGCGGGGACCGGGACACCGAGAAAACGGGACACCGAGGGACCGGGACACCGGGACACCGCCACCGGCCCGGGGCCGCUCGGAACCCAUGGGGUGAAGGGCGCACCGUGACCGACCCCGGAGGGGACACCGAGCCCUUGCGCUGCCCAGAGGGGUCCCGGGAGGAGCCGGGACAGACCCGCCGGUAGACCCUCGGGAGUCCGGCCAGGCUCUCCCCGCCCCUCCUUGGUUACGGGCAGCGUCCCUGAGGGGGCGAGGCUGGGGGUGCUGAGCCCCCCGUGUCCCCCCCGCUCCCCCUUCCUGCGGGGUGGAGCUGUGAGGCAGGAAGGGCCCGGGGAGCAGCCGUGUUGGGUUUUCAGGGGUUUUGGGGUUUCGGUCUCCCACCCGCGGCCCCGCUAUAAAAGGUGUCACACGUAGCAGUCACCCAGGGCCAGUCGCCUGCUGUCACCGGCUGCGGGCUCGCCAUGGCUGCCUCCUUCCUGCUGCUGCUGCUGCUGCUGCUGGGAGCAGCACAGGCCACGGCCCCCCCGCCCUGCCAGGGUGACCCCAGCUCGUGGUGCUGGGACACGGCCACGGCCACGCGCUGUGGCUGGGAGCAGCAGUGCCAGCACCUGCGUGACAGCCUGGCCCUGGGGAACGUGGCUGAUGGGGACAACGUGGCUGAUGGGGACAACGUGGCUGACACGGCUGAUGGGGACAGCGUGGCACAGCACAGGGUCAUUAAGUGCCGCCUGUGCACCAAGGUCCUGAAGAGGAUACAGAAGCUGGCAGGUGACAACCCUGACGAGUCGGCGGUGGCAGCAGCGCUGCAGAAGGGCUGCCGGAAGCUGGGCAGGGCCUUGGGCAAGGAGUGCCAGAAGCUGGUGAAGAACUACCAGGAGCAGAUCACCGAGGGGCUGCAGAACGGGGACACGCCCCGGGACAUGUGCAGUGCCAUGGGCAUCUGCCAGUCCUGAGCGCGGCUGAGCCCCGAGUGCCCACAAACCCCGAUGCCCCUGCAGCCCAGCCAUCCCCCCCCACAAUAAAGUCCCUCCUCUGGC